CCAUGCGGCGCUGCGCCUUGCUGGCGUUCUUCGCGCUGGGCUACGCGGGCUACCUGCUGCUGGGCGCGCUGGUCAUCUCGGCCGUCGAGCGGCCCUACGAGAGCCAGCUGCGGGCCGAGCUGCGCGAUCUCAAGGCCGCCUUCCUGGCCAGCAGCCCCUGCCUGCCCGAGCCCGCCCUCGAGCACUUCCUCGCCGCCGUCCUCCGCGCCAACCGCCACGGCGUCGCCCUCCUGCCGCCCCCGCCGCCCCCCAACGCCUCCGCCGCCGCCGCCCCGUCCAACUGGGACUUCGCCUCCGCCUUCUUCUUCUGCAGCACCCUCGUCACCACCGUCGGCUACGGCUACACCACGCCCCUCUCCGAUGCCGGCAAGGCCUUCUGCAUCUUCUACGCCCUGCUGGGGGUGCCCUUCACCAUGCUGCUGCUGACGGCCACCGUGCAGCGCCUCGUCAGUGCUCUGACCUCCGGCCCGCUCGAGUCCCUGGCCCUGAAGUGGGGCUACACCCGCCGCAUCCUCUCCUGCGGGCAUCUGCUGGUCCUGGCGGCCGUGGUGCUGGUGGCCUUCUUCCUGGUGCCCGCGGCCAUCUUCAGCACUCUGGAGGAGUCCUGGAGCUACCUGGACGCCUUCUAUUUCUGCUUCAUCUCCCUUUGCACCAUUGGCCUGGGGGACUAUGUCCCGGGAGAGCAGCCGGGGCAGCCCUUCCGCCCCCUCUACAAGAUCUCAGUCACAGUGUACCUGCUGCUGGGCCUGGUGGCCAUGCUCUUGCUGCUGCAGACCUUCCACAAGGCCGCCGAGCUGCACGGCCUCUCCGACCUGGUCCUCCUGCCCCAGGACCCGCCCCACGAAGAAGAAGAAGAAGGCCACCAGCGCAUCCUGGAGGGCCACGGGCCUCCCUCGAGGGAGCCGCCAGCCGAGGCCACCCCCGUCCAGCCCCCGCUCGGCCCUGGGGGGCAGCCAAACUAUGCCUCCAUCAGCAGAUAGCGGCCGAAGCGCCACGGUCCUUGGCAGGCGUGGCACCUGCUGGAAGGGCAGCUUCUCGCUUCCUCCCUUCGCAGGGCCUCUCUCCCAAGGCCGGCAGCAGAGGCAAAACAGAUACUCUGGCUUGAACGGGGCAUGAUGCUCUCUGCGGCUGUUCAGAUUUACCUGCACAGGUGUGGGGUUAGUGCUUAAAGGCAGCUGCUCUACUCGGCAGUGGAGUCUGGCCCUCUGUGGCCCUUGAUGGGCAAGAUCCGGCCGUGGCUCAGCCUGUCCCUUCAGGGGAGGGGAGCCACAGUCCCAUUUUCUCUUCUUCUGCCAUCUUUGCACCCUCCGCUUGGCGCUGGCCGAUCUGGCAGGAAGCCCCUUCCUUGGGGCCAGUCUGCUCUUCUUAUUAGAGAGAGGAAAUGUCACGGGGGAGGGGGGGAUUACACACACACACGUCUUCUAUGGGUUUUGUACACAACCUGAUCAAUUUGAUUACAAAUGUGGUUUUUAUUUUUUAAUAAAGUCAUUGCCAAUAAAGACAAA